AUGUCAACCUUGUUAUCUCUUCUCGAUUUGGAUUCGCCUCGCGGUGAUGGGGUGAGGAUCAAAUCCCCAAAACCACAAGUGGACGCAAUUGGUUCACCAAAGAACAAUGAGUCAUCCGUUGUGCAAUCAACUUACACUGAUUGCAGGAAUCUUAUGCGGAAAGCCUACGCAAGGAAGGGAUUAGACGUCUCUUCAAUUGACAUAUUGUUGGCCUCGUUAGCAGAAAACACAUACAAGCAAUAUGAUUCCGUCGUACGAAAGUGGUGCUUAUUUUGUGAUAGUAAUAACCUACAUAUCUUUAACUCUGUUACGUCCCGGAGACGCGGGUGA